CGGGAUAAAGUGCUCCUCCUUCUCCAAGAUGAAUAGAGGUACGAGCCAGCGCUCAGCAUGUUCCUCGAGCGGUUUUGGUGGCUACCAAAGCGUGCGGGUGGGAAACAUGCUCCUUGAAAGGACAUGUUGUUUGAUACUCCUUGCGACUGCGUUGGGUGGUGCUUGGAGCCUAGAGCAGCCAUCCGGAUCGCUACUAGAAUUUUAUCCAGUGUUCAGGGAAAUGCUGGAGAGCAUUUUCAAUUGCGGAGGCGCACACGCGGUCUCAAUGGUCCAGUGGUGGAUGGCGCACUAUUCCUCUGCUACUCCAAAGCGCCACUACGCUUACGGGAACAGUGAAGAGAUUCUACGAUUUGACAAGGGCAGGUUGGAGGGCUGGAAAGGCGAUCCCCGCUGCAAGAAGACGACAGUUGACCGUUAUCGUGAUUCAACAGGAGCCGUUCGAUACAAGGGGAAUCGAAACCUACGUGGGACAGAGGUGUAUCCAGUCCCAUUUGCUCGGCUAGUGGCUGACCUUGUGGAGGAGCACAAGGCCAAAGCGAAAGGCCAACCUGAGUGCCCCGAUUCAGGUGUUUUUCCACCUGCUUUGGAGACGUUUCAGUCGGCGGGCUGGCAUGAAAGCGAGCUCUGGGAAUAUGUAGACUUCACCCAACUGUUUGGAUACUUGAGGGGCGGCACUCGCCUAAAGAUCCCUGAAGAGUGGAGGCCAGUGAUUCCCGGGGGGGCUGUGAAGAAUAGCUAUUGGUGGUCCCUUUGUUCUUCAUAUCCGACACCGAUGCCUAACAUUCGGCCGAUUUACCGGUUGCUCUUAGAUUUUGAUCGGUUUGACAAAAAAAAGAAAGGGUCUAGAUCAAACCCGUACUAA